AUGGGCCAUCAUCUUCCUCUACUGCUCCUGCUGAUCAUGUGUAAAAGCCUGGAGGCCUGGAAUUGCACAGUAAGCUGUAACUGCACAGACUUCACCAGCUCAUGCUGUGGACCUCAGAAAACUCGACUUCUCCCAAUAAUUGGACAUCAAAAUGCCACUGAAUUAGUUUUGGAUUCCUGUGGCAGCUUUCCCAUGGAUAAUAACACCCUACAGAACUUCAGAUCGCUGGAGGAACUGACAGUUAAGAGAACCAGCCUCCUUUACCUUGACGCUCAUGCAUUCCACAGCCUUCCCAUGCUGCAAACUUUAAAUCUAACACAAGUCAACCUGAGUAAUGCAGCAAUGCAUCAAAACGCCUUUGCCAGCCUGAUGAUAAGAAGAUUGUUCCUCGCGAACAACCGACUGGAUCAGAUCCGACGUGGGAUGUUUGCUGGUCUGAUGAAUCUGGAGCAUCUUGACCUUUCCGGUAACAGCCUCAGGUCGAUUGAGGAAAACGCAUUAGUGAACUUGGUGAGCCUUCGCUUCCUCAAUCUGGACAACAACCACUUUGUCACGAUUACCCCUUACUGGUUUGGUGUAAUGUUCAGGAAUAACUCCUUUCCUGUGGUUAGUCUCAUUGGAAACACAUUGACCUGUGAUUGCAAGUACAGAGGAAUGGCCCUACCUGAAUACCAGUGGUUCAGCAGAUCAGUGAUUUUAACCAACUUCUCAUUUAUGGUGAACCUCACUGUUGAAGAAUGCAGCCCACCUCGGGUUGAAGAGGUCUAUAAAGAGGUAACUGUGAGGGAUCUGCAGCCCCUAACUCUGUCUUGCCCAUUCAGUGGGUUUCCUCGCCCAAGGGUCAGUUGGAUACUUCCCAGUGGAUUACAAUUAUUUAACAAGUCAUUUCCUCCAUUUUAUAAUGAAGAUGGAACCUUGCAUGUACAAUUAGUGCAAUCCAAGUUUGCUGGACUUUACGCUUGCAUGGCUACAAAUGUGGAAGGGACAGCUGUUGGCUUGCGUAACAUUGUGGUGUCACCCACUCCCAAGCCACCCUUCAUCACCAACCGACCUGUCACCUUUCCUACUCCUCAGACCCCUACAAUCAGCAGGAGUCUGUGGGUAUUGCUGUGGACAGGAAUAGUCUUUAUAUGCAUCAUUUUUCUUAUCAUACUGUUUUGCAUGCUAAGGGUCGUCUGCAGGUACCUAAAUCAGCACCUCCGCAAUGAUGUUUCCUUCAACAGGUUUGUUGAUACUCCAAAUAUCCUAACUCUUCCAGAGAACCCCCAGCCCAUCCCUCACAUAGAGGAGAGACAUGGCCAUGUGCAUUGGUCAAGGGAGAAUGGUGAUGAUACUGUCCCCAGAGUGGCCGUGCACACUGAUGGAAGCUACCCACACCAUCAACAGACUGCUACAGAACUUGUGUAA